AUUCGUCUCAUCACUCUGCGCACUCAAAAGAGACCGACCGGGCAACUUAAGAUCAGACCCUGAACCAUGGACCUGUCUGGACUGCCUCCUCUUCUCUGUCUGCUCCUCUGUCUUCUGUCUCUGAGUUGGGCUGAAACCUCCUCUCCUGAGCAGACCACCACCACAGAGAGCUCUGACCUGAACACAAGCUCUGUGACCUCUACCACCCCACAGGAACGCAACGGGACUGGAGCAGAGUGCCUCAUUGAUAAUCAGAUGGGUUUGAUCGCGAUUGGCUCUGCAGGAGGACUCAUCGUAUGUCUGCUGUUCACAGUGAUCAUUCUGGCCUGUCAGGUGUGUCAUCUGCAGAGGAGAGUGUACAUUCCCCGAAACUCUCGUUCAAACCUCAACUUAUCUGGGAGCGCAGAAUACUGGGCGAACGCCGCGGCCACGAUGGAGAGUGAGGGCGGUCUGGUGGGGCCGUGUGACACCAGUGUAAUGAUGGAGGAGAUGAAGACAUGCGAGGGCGAGGAGGAGAGAGAGGAGGAGGAGGAGUUAGGAGAGAUCCGAGAGGAAGAGGAGGAUGAAGAGGAGGAGGAGGAGGGAGCGGGGGUCAGUCCAGAGGAAAAGCCACUAAUGUAUAGCUCCGAGCCCACAGAGUGCGAUCUGCCCCAAGAUCUGGAGGACAUGCCCCUCGUGGUGUAACAGCAGAUGGCGCUAGAGAGGCUACAGCACACAUACUUAGAGUGCAAAUGACAGGUUUUCAUAUUUUUGUACUUACUUGAUAUUGUGAGAUAGUACCUGUAUGUGGUGAAUAUUUAUCAUAGUUUUAAAUCAGUUAAGUGGCAAAAGGUUGAGAAGAAAAGUACAAAAAUACAGGAAGCACAAAGCACAAAGUUCUAAAACUAAACAACUACAUAGUGAAAUGAGCAGUCCAACCUGUCAUAUGUACUUUACAGGGCCAGGGCAGUACACAGUUUUCAUGUAAUAAAGUAAAAGUUGUCUUUCCACACUCAGAUAUAUUGGCACACAGCGGUCUCAUUUUGAACGUAAGAGCUGUUUUUACGUCUGGAUCCAAUUAUAACGUGUUACCAUCAGCAACAAACCAGAAAGUAAGGCUGGUACUCUGUUAGCAUGCUAGUUGUUGUCAGUGUUACUGAGACAGCAAAACUACAAUUGUGAACAGUGCUUAUAAACUCACCAUGGUGAGUAAUUAGGAUGUUCUGAAUGGAUAAGUUAAAUGAGGACCACUGAACCAGUUCUGUGUUUCACGUUUUUAAGACAAUAAAAAUCACGUACAGCACCUGUAAUAGUUCAAGACUGUUCAAAACAAAUAGAUUUGACUUUUAGAGCUGAGUUAUGAAGCUUGUCUUGUUUUAAUUAAUGGAAAAAUUAUCCUACAGAAACAUUAAGGAUGAAAAUGUACUACAAAGACUAUUUUACAUCCAAAUACCAUUUAAUUCAGUGCCACCUUUCUCUUAAGUCAUAAAUCAUUCCAAAUACUAGUGUUUGCAUACCCCCAGGUCAUCUGUACCCGUUUGGGAACCACUUUGAUAUUAAACUCAUGCAGGUUUUAAGUAGGGCUUUAAGACAGCUCCAUUGGAGGGAACUUUGCUGCCGGAGCAAAGCUUUCCCUGUAGUGUUAGGUUUUCCCCUGAGGGACCACAUAGCGUUGUCCAAAGUGAUGAAGCUGGAGUUUGCAGGUGAGUGGCGUCCCUAGUGAUAGACCUGGCCUUCUGCAGUCACUGAGUGGAGAACAGCUCAGCCCUCCAUAAUAAUGGUACUGUUUUUAGGCCGGUGGACUCCCGCAAUUUCCUUCAGCGUGUUCAGCCUGAACCAAGAUUUUGGUGCCAAUUUGGUUUCCACUUUGAAUCUUUACCUUUGUUUAGCCCUGAAGGUUUCUAUUUUAACUUCUCAUUUGGUUGAUUUGGUUGAAGAAUCAUCUGAGUUUAAGGACACUUUUUUCUUCUUCAAACUAUGUUUCACUGUUCCUGACAUCCAAGGUUUGUUAUUUGGAUAAACUUUGGUCUUGGUUCAUUUUUGUAUCACAUUUUGUUAAAGUGUGGUUGUUCUUACCAAGUCCAUAUUGUCACAGGAGUCCUUCAAAGAAUCAGACAUGCAACAAAGCCAUCAGAUCAGACUUUCACCUCUUUUUUCUGGGCCUUUUCCUUUCUAAGACAGUCUUAUAUGUAGGGAAGAGACGCACGCUGCUAUGGUCUGCAGAACCCAAUGGAGGCAAGUGCAUAGAUUUGUGAGCCCCCUAAACUCUUAUAUAACAAAGGUCCAAGGUGUUUUCCUUCCUGGUUGGGCAAGUUUUUCAAACGCACAAGGGUAAAAUCACCAAGUACAAAAUUUGGCGCUUCAGUUUAAGCACCGGGUCAACUACGGUGCUUGUUGCAGUGGCAGGAUUUGCUUUAGGAGGAGGUAUGUAUAUGGUUCUUAGAAGUACCUGCGGGAAUUCAUGGGGUAAAUAAAAGGGCCACAAUCUGUUGCCUCCCCCUUCCCUCGCUUCCCUCAUUUCUCCAUAACUUUGGGGUGUGUUUGUUGGCAGCUCAUCUGAUCCAAUCUGGUUGUAAUCCAUCUGACGGUCAUUCAGUGUAUUCAGGUGUAUUCAGUUGUAAAAGCACGUCCAGAGUAUAACGUAUCCACAAAACAGGAAGUGAGACGCCAAUACAUAUCGUUAAGCAGAACAAAGUCCAUAAAACGAUGAGAAAAAGAAAAAAAAAAAGAUCACUGUCAAUAAUGUAAACUACCUAAAAACACUUAAUUCUGAAGGUUGUAGGCAAGAGAUACAAAAAAACACCCAAACAAACUAAAAACAUAAAAGACUGGAAGCAGAAGUUCCCCCCUCCUGGUCACACCUAUGCAUGUGUUCAUGGAACAGUGUGAUUGGUCAAACAGGUAUCCGGACUCC